AUGGAGGCGAUGGUUUUAGUAGCAGCCAAUAAAACAGAUUCUGAUAGAAAAGGUAUCUACUAUGGUAAUCGCUGUGAAAUUAUUGUUAUAAAUGAUGAGGUUAAAACAAAUUCGGACUGUUCUUUUUGUAGAGGUAAAGAGGUAACUAAAUCGAGUUCGAGGAGCAAAUCAUGCAGAACAUCUAGAGAUAGGGUGAGGAGCCAAUCAUGUGAAAGAUGUAGAGGACGAUCAAGAAGCAAAUCACGUGGAGAAUCUAGACGUAGGACGAGGGACAAGUCACGUGAAAGAUCUAGAGGUAAGUCGAGGAGUAAAUCACGUGGAAGAUCCAGAAGUAGAUCGAGAGACAAAUCACGUGGAAGAUCUAGAAAUAUAUCAAGAAGAAAGUCACGUGGAAGAUCUAGAGGUAGAUCAAGGGGAAAAUCACGUGGAAGAUCCAGAAGUAGAUCGAGAGACAAAUCACGUGGAAGAUCUAGAAGUAGAUCGAGGGACAAAUCACGUGAUAGAUCUAGACGUAUGUCGAUAAGUAAGUUAUGUGAAAGAACUAGAAAUAGAUCGAGGAGUAAGUCACCUGGAAGAUUUACAGAUAUAUCAAGAAGAAAGUCACGUGGAAGAUCUAGAAGUAGAUCAAGGGGAAAAUCACGUGGAAGAUCCAGAAGUAGAUCGAGAGACAAAUCACGUGGAAGAUCUAGAAGUAGAUCAAGGGGAAAAUCACGUGGAAGAUCUAGGACCAAAUCACGUGGAAGAUCUAGAGAUAGAUCUAGACGUAUGUCGAUAAGUAAGUUAUGUGAAAGAACUAGAAAUAGAUCGAGGAGUAAGUCACCUGGAAGAUCUACAGAUAUAUUAAGAAGAAAGUCACGUGGAAGAUCUAGAGGUAGAUCAAGGGGUAAGUCAUGCGGAAGAUCUAGGACUAAAUCACGUGGAAGAUCUAGAGAAAGAUCAAUGGGCAAUUCACGCGGAAGAUCUAGGACUUAUCAAGUAGAAGUUCUAGAGGGAGAUCAUGGGGUAUGUCACGUGGAAGAUCUACAGGCAGAUCGAGGGGCAAGUCACGUAGUUGAUCGAGAAGUAAGUCAUGUGAUUGAUUUAGAGGCAAAUCAAGAAUGAUAACAACAUGAUAAUUCAAGAGGGAGACGUCGAGAAAGAUUCGCGUAAUAAUGUAUAAAUAUGUGAAAUCCGGUACCGUUCAUUCGAUAUUCCUAAAGUCAGAUAAUUUAAAACGUAUAAAAGUGCAUAGGUAAAGUUGAUUUUCUCAAAUAAUAGUUAAUGUAACACACAACUUAUGGUUUGCAUGAAGAAUUUGCGAUAAAGCAUUAAUGGCAAAAAUAAUAAGCAUAGUUGAUUUUCCGCUUAUCUUCGUAACCUAAUCAUCGAAGCUGAAGAAGAACGAUAAAAAACAGUUAGAGCAGAUUCAUUCGGCACACUUCUGUGAGCGAUAAAAUGCUAUUAUAUUCUGCCUUCGUUGCCAUGACGAACAUUGAAGUGAGUUUGUGUGGUGAAUCAAGUUGUUCGUACCAGAUUUCUUAUAUUAUUUAGUGAUAUUGAAGAAACAUGUCUUAAUAAUAUCUUUAAAGUUUCGCAAAAGGCAUUUCUUCAAACAUAAUUUUACGUUUACAGGGUUGGGUAACAUUUGCUAUUUGCAUUAAUUACUUAUUACCUGGAAGUCUGAAGCUACAAACCAUCGUAUUGAUACCAGAACAUAAUAUUAUUAGACCUUUACCAUAUAACACAAGGCGGUGGCUCCAGCUAUCCGAAUCACCUUAUCCAGGGUACUGUAGAGCACCAGGAAGUGGAAAAUGCAUACCAUUACUGUGCGAUUGUGAGAAACUGAAAGAAAUAUGGUCUAAAGUCCAAGAGACGAGACAAAAAUUGAAGAUAUACAAUCAUGAACUAUGAACAAUACCAUAAAAAUAACCAUAGCAUCAAUUAAAUUUUAGGUAACAUAAUUCACUGUAUGUUGU